UACUCAGUAGGAGCAAUGGGGAGAGUCAUCAGAGCUCAGCGUAAGGGUGCCGGCUCCGUCUUCAAGUCCCACACCCACCACCGCAAGGGUCCGGCUCGCUUCCGGAGCCUCGACUUCGGCGAGCGCAACGGCUACCUCAAGGGCGUCGUCACCGAGAUCAUCCACGACCCCGGUCGCGGUGCCCCGUUGGCCCGCGUCAGCUUCCGCCACCCCUUCCGUUACAAGAAGCAGAACGAGCUCUUCGUCGCCGCCGAGGGCAUCUACACCGGCCAGUUCAUUUACUGCGGGAAGAAGGCCAACUUGGUGGUCGGAAAUGUGUUGCCUCUCAGAUCGAUCCCGGAGGGAGCUGUCGUCUGCAACGUCGAGCACCAUGUCGGCGACCGUGGAACCCUAGCUAGGGCUUCUGGUGAUUACGCCGUUGUUAUCAGCCACAACCCUGAUAACGAUACUUCCAGGAUCAAACUUCCGUCUGGAGCCAAGAAGAUUGUUCCAAGUGGGUGCCGUGCUAUGAUUGGGCAGGUUGCAGGAGGAGGAAGAACAGAAAAGCCAAUGCUCAAGGCUGGUAAUGCUUACCACAAGUUCAGAGUGAAGAGGAACUGCUGGCCCAAGGUUCGUGGUGUAGCUAUGAACCCAGUCGAGCAUCCUCACGGAGGAGGUAACCACCAGCAUAUUGGACAUGCUAGCACUGUCAGGCGUGACGCUCCUCCUGGGCAGAAGGUUGGUCUCAUUGCCGCUAGGAGGACGGGUCGUCUCAGAGGACAGGCUGCUGCAAACAUCUCCAAGGCAGACAAGUGAAGAGGCUUUUAAGGGAUUACGUUUUAUUUGUUACCUAAGUUUGCUGUUUCGGGACCGUUUUAAUUUAUCUCCAGUACUAGAUUGUUGCAUUUUUGUUCGGUUUGAACCGUUAUAUGCUGAGAGGAGGUUUUAACAGUCAAAACCUUUACCUGUUGUCAUAUGGUUCUUGUUUUGUGCAUGUUGGAGUUCCAGUAAACCUUUCAUUUCUAAGCUUUAUUGAAUGUUCAAUUUACUGAGA